UGGGGCGAUCCCGAGGACCCAAUAUUCCCGCCGCUUCACGCAUUCUCGAAGUUUGCCCCUAAUGUGACCGUCCCAUGCACAUUCUUUUCUUAUGCGAAUCUAAUGCCUUAUACCUCGAGUGAGGACCAAAGUACAGCAACCAGUUGUCCCUAACUGUAAUUGUACACUGUGGGAAGGAGGGGGUCAGGGGUCACGCCGUGUUCCCAUGGCAACCUGUGGGGCCGUGGUUUACUCUCCCUGCACAUUGCACAUUCACGCACACCGCCAUCCCCGGCACUUCUCGAGCACCAUGCGCGUGCCCUACACGGUCCCGCGAGAGACCCUCCGCACGUAUGACUGCUCCAGGGAGGUGCGGCGGCUCGCCGGGGAGUUCCGCCGGCGCCUCAAGACUGAGAGUGUAGCCUGGGACAAGAACAACGCGCCGACUCUCAAGCACCUCGCUGUCCAGGCGUUGGUGCAGAACUUCAGCAGCCGCACGGCGCUGAACACCCUGCCCAUUGAGGAUUUCCAUCGCCUGCUGGAAACGCUGCCGACCACCGUACCGCUGGAAAUCAGUGUCCCUUUAGUGCCUGAUGGGGAGUUCUGGAGGCGGCUGGCUACCCAUACCUGGCCCUCAACAAACAACGUGGUGGGCGAGCACGGCGGCUCGUGGCGGCGCCUGGUGCUGGAGCGGCGCCUGCAGCACGAGCUGGAGGCCGCGCUGCCGCCCAUGCUGGACGAAGCCCUGCGGCUGGCCAGGCUGGCGGGCCCUCACGUGCGCCGGGUGCGGCUCGACCAGCUGCUGCACACCGCCGGCCACCCCGCGGCCUCGGACUUCUCCGCGCCCCAUCUCGCCCUGCACGGCGGCUGGACGCCGGACGUCACCUACGAGCGCAGGGAGCUGCACAUGUUCGACUCGGAGCUGGACGCGCUCAAGGAGGACCUCUGCAACGUCUUUGGUUGCCUUGUCAACCUGGAGGAGCUGGACGUCAUGUUCGGCAUGCACGACUUCGAGAAGAACCUCUCCGAGCCGCCGAACCCAAUCAAAGUGGCGAGCUGUCAGGCCCUGGGCAAGACUCUGAGCACACUGCCCGUCUUUCGCCGACUCAGGGUGCGCCGCAGCCAGCUGCACCUGGAGAAGCUGGCCGGGCUGCUGGAGCCGAUGCACGGCAGCACCACCCUUGCCGAGCUGGACCUCAGCCACUGCUACCUGGGCGACAAGGGGAUGCAGGUGGUCGCGGCCUUCCUCCUGGACCAGGCUUCGCUGCGGGUGCUGCGUGUGGCCAACAACAAGUUCGGUGCUCGGGGCGCGACGCACCUCGCCAAGUCCCUGCUGCACAAGACGUGCCCGCCGCUGGCAGAACUGGACGUGAGCCUCAACUCCAUCGGCGACGUGGGCGGCCACAACAUCCUGAUGGCGGCGGUGCCGCGCGACCAGCGGCUGCCGCUGCGCGACCCGGCGGAGGACGAGCACGUGCGCGAGAUCAUGGCGGCCGAGGAGAAGGAGCGUCUGCGGAAGGCGGCCACCGAGGAGGAGCCCUCGCACGAGGGCAUCACCAUCUUCCGCGGCCUAGUGCAGCGCGCCAUCGCCGGCGAGCUGGUGUCCUCCCCGGCGCCCGUCACGGCGGCCGAGCCGGAGCAGGAGUACUUCGACUGGGAGGUGGAGCCGGAGGAGCAGGCGCGCCGGCCCUCAGCGCUGCUCGCCUCCAUCGUGACCGAGGCCCACCACGUCCACCGCGAGGAGGCGCAGGCGGAGGAGGCCCGCGCCGAGGAGGAGCGACGCCGCAGGGAGGCCGCGGCCAAGGCGGCCGAGCGCUGGGAGGGCUGUCCCGAGCGGCUGCAGGCGCUGGGGCUGUCGGCGUGCAGGCUGGGCGCCGCGGCGGGCAGGGCCGUCGCGCUGCUCCUCGCCAACAACCGCGCCCUCAGCAGCCUCAGCCUCGCCAACAACCACCUCGGACAGGAGGCGUGCGGCAGGGUGGUGUGCGCGCUGCAGGCCAACCCCCGCGUGCUGCAGCUGGACCUGCGCAUGUGCGGCGCGAGCCUCGCCGACCAGACAGCCCUGGAGCGGGCGCUGGCCGCCAACAACGCCGCCCUGCGCCAGCCCCUGCCGCUGCGGGACAUGCUGCAGGAGCGGGAGGCCGAGCACCGCCUGCGCCUGGCCACGACGACCGAGGUGUUGGGGGCGCAGUGGGUGCGCGCUCAGGGCCUUCCCCGCGGCCAGCGCAGCAGCAUCGCAGUGCCCAGCGGGGCCGACGGCGUCCUGGGAAGUGACGCCGCCACCUCCGCAGGGGGUUCCUUGUCCUUCUCAGGGAUCGGCUCUACGGGCGGCUUCAGUGGUCUGAGCCAACAGGAGAGAAGCCAGAGUGGAAGCGUCAGCGUCGGGGGAAGUGCAGCCAACGGCACCCGCGUCGCAAGCGAAACGCGGGCACCGUCGUCCACGAAGGGGCUGAAAAUUUCGAGUAGUCAGCAUGGAAGUGGUAAAGGCAGUCUGAGAUCUUCCAAAAAACUGGCCGAGUCAUCCACCUUAUCACGUGAAUCACAUGCUUCUCAAGCUACCAAGAGUCUAAGUAGUUUAUCUGCAAGAUAAACAAUUUAACACGUCAGGUGUGGCAGAGGCAAUCCCAUGUUAUUAUAAACCAUGGUGGGUCUGC